GAAAUGCCCCCGUCGACGUGAAGGGAAGAAAGAAGGGACUAGACAGGGUUAGACUCGUAAAUUCGGUGGGUUAAGCUUCAGUAGUACAGUUGCUGCUCUUUCCCUCCUCUCACUCCCAAAAAAGAAUUUCACUAUCUGCUUCCCCAGCUCUCAGCGGAGAUCGGAGAAUUUUUCCCGGCGGCAACUCGAAGAGAGCAUAAUCCAGGCGAACAUGGACGGACAUGAUGGUGAUGAUCCUAAACAGAGCACUGCCGAUAUGACUGCUUUUGUGCAAAAUUUGCUUCAGCAGAUGCAAUCCAGAUUCCAGACAAUGUCUGACUCCAUCAUUACAAAGAUCGAUGACAUGGGAGGCAGGAUAGACGAGCUAGAGAGGAGCAUCAACGAUCUGAGAGCCGAGAUGGGCGUGGAAGGUUCGCCAUCUCCUUCGACACCCAAGGCGAAGGGCGAAUCCAAGCCAGGCGACGACACAGCCUGAGACAAAAAUACCAAGUAAGAAGGUCGUCGUGACAGCGGAACCAAAACUGUUGUUCAACAAUGAUCGUCCUUCUGUCUGUUUGCUUUUAUUGGCCUGCAAGUUUUCCCGGGACAUCUUUGAUGUGAACCCUCCCCACCCCAUCUUCCAUUUCUACCACCAUUCUGCUUUUCCUCUUCUGAUCAGCAAACCCAUUGAAUAGAGAGUGAUGUUGACACCAUCUCUAAGGUGUCUAUGUUCGUUGUUUUGCCAUAUAUGUUGCCUGUAACUCAUUAAUUCAGCGUGUGGUUAGAUGUUGACAUCCCUCUUCUGUCCAGAACUCUUCGAUCAGAUUGAUUGCGGUAUGAACCGAGUGGUCCGGGGUUCGAAUGUCGAUUCGUUGAACCCGAGUGACCGAACCCGGGUCACCGUCUCUAUACUUAGCAAUUUGCAUCUCCAGCCAACAUCCAACUAAGCAGGGAAAAGGUGUGGAAGAAGUGAAGUGAUUGAGAAGCUUCUUUGAUUCGGUUAAAUGUUGCCGGAAAUCACCAAAAUGGUGGCUGGCUUGGGCCACACAUGAACACCUAAAAGGGCACUUGCCAGCUGCUGAUUGGUGAUAACAGCAUUGAUUUUCCCAGAUUUAUUAUUAUGGCCCCCCGCCGGCCUUCCAUUAGAGCGGUCCAGUUGUGUUUGAUGUAGGUUUAGUUUUACGCGUGUCCUUCAAGCUUUCAAUUGCAAGUUAAAGAAAAAGAUGCU